CAGUUGUUCAGUGUCUUCAGAGCAUGUCUGUGAGCUUAGGAAUCUGAACUACUGUCUGCUAAAAUGGAAGCUCUGUGCCCUAAACUGGAUCUCAAUGCCCCUCGUAUCUCCUCCAUUCCUUGCAAAUGUUCAUCAACUAGGCUUGGAUCUUUUGAUUCAUACCGGUUUUCUUGCUUAAUCUCCAAGAGUCGGAGGAGAUCGUUUGUUCCCAGUCCAUUGAAGUUCGGUGGAUUUAGGAUUUGUUCUGAGAAAAGGUGUCUCGAUAGGGAUUAUGAAGUUGUUGAAGUUAAGAGGGAUGAAUUGGAUCGAAGUUUGAUUGAAUCAGUUGGAAGAAGCUUUUUUAGUUUUGCUGCUGCGGUAACUGCUGUUAUUUCUGUCUGUUGUGAUUCUCCUGCUCUUGCUGAGUCUCUCACUGUUGCUUUCCCCGUUUCUCGAGCUCGUGAGGUAAAUACCGUUCAGAGGACUCUUGUUGAGGCAUGGGGCUUGAUACGAGAAAGCUUCGUAGAUCCAACUUUUAAUCAUCAAGACUGGGACCUGAAACUGCAACAAACAAUGGUGGAGAUGUUUCCAUUGAGAUCAGCGGAUGCAGCAUAUAGCAAGAUCAGGGGAAUGCUUUCCACUCUUGGUGAUCCCUUUACCCGGAUUAUAAGCCCAAAGGAAUAUCAAAGUUUCAGAAUAGGAAGUGAUGGAAACUUGCAAGGAGUUGGUCUUUUCAUAAAUGCUGAUCCACGUUCUGGGAGCUUGGUUGUUAUGUCUUGUAUAGAGGGCAGCCCAGCUGCGCGAGCUGGUAUACAUGAAGGAGACGAGUUAAUUGAGAUCGAUGGAGAGAAGCUUGAUGGUUUUGAUGGAGAAGCAGCAGCACAAAAGCUUCGAGGGACUGCUGGAACAACUGUUACUGUAAAAGUUCACAGUGGCAAAGCUUUGGGAAGUGAUUCGGGUUUCAGAGAGGUCAAACUACCUCGUGAGUUCAUUAAGCUUUCCCCUAUAUCCUUUGCUGUCAUCCCUCACAGAACUCCUGAUGGUCAUCUAACCAAAACUGGAUAUGUGAAGCUGUUGGCCUUCUCUCAGACUGCUGCUGCUGAAAUGGAAAGUGCCAUUCAAGAAAUGGAGGACCAGGGUGUACAGUCAUACAUACUAGAUUUACGUAACAAUCCAGGGGGUUUGGUAAAAGCUGGACUAGAUGUUGCACAAAUGUGGCUAGAUGGAGAUGAGAUUCUGGUUAACACGAUUGAUCGGGAUGGGAAUAUGUUGCCCAUUAAUAUGGUGAAUGGUCAUGCUUUAACACAUGACCCUCUUGUUGUGCUUGUAAAUGAAGGGAGUGCAAGUGCCAGUGAGAUAUUGGCGGGGGCAUUGCAUGACAACGGCCGAGCUAUCCUCAUUGGGCACAAAACAUUUGGGAAAGGGAAAAUUCAGAGUGUGACAGAGCUGCAUGAUGGAUCAGCUCUUUUUAUCACAGUUGCAAAAUACUUAUCACCAGCACUUCAUGACAUAGAUCAGGUUGGCAUCAUGCCUGAUGUGCAAUGCACAACUGACAUGCUGGCCGCACCCAAAGAAACCUUAUUGAAGGAAAAGGGAACAAUCUCAUCUCUUGAAGCAGAUUCAUGUAUCAUGAUAGCAGAGCAUGAGUUGGACAUUCAGGAAUCCACAGGAUCUGCUUCAUGAAAUAAACACAUCUCUAUUGCCUCAAAUGAAUCAACCUGUAUCAGAUAAGUCAAUGGAUGUGCAAUGGGAAGAACAAUCUGUAAAAUAGCCAUUACUGCUUGUAUGUCAAAUAUUUGUUUAGGAAACUCAUAGGCAUAGCAAAUGAAUGUAUAUAGAUGGGAAGUGUCCUCUUUGAAAAUAUCUUCACUGCUUCUCUUACAAUUAUUUGCACAGUAGUUGUGGACUGUGCCAGUUACAGCAA